AUGAAAGCCAUCUUCCAGGACGCUUUUUUCUUGGUGGGAGAGCAGCCGUCCCGGAUGAGUAUGCGCCGGCCCUGUGGAGGUCUUCUGGUGGCAUCUAGACGCUCGUCCCGCUGCUGUGGCCGGCGUUGGCGGGGUCUGCUGUGCUUGAAGCCUUUUCAUCGGCAACGGCAGCUCUGCAUCGGCAUAGCACGUCGGCAAAGAGGCGGCCGACCCAAGACCACUGACACCCCAGCGUAUCGUGACCAAUGGGCCCCCUCGAUUGCCCUCGGCACACCUUCCAGGACGAGGAGUGGCAGCGUUCCGCGCAACCCGGCGCCAGGCUUGGCUACGGUCGCCCCUCGUGCCGAGUCAGUCUACGAGCAGCUCGCACCUGUCGAUAGGAGAUGCGGCCGUUCUGGAGCGUUCAGAAAAGGGGCUCGCGCGGGGCUGCUGGUCAUCGGCUGGUGGCGACGUGCCUCCUCAUGGGCCGGGACCGAUGCUGCUGGGACAGCCUGGCGGAUGUCUGGGAGAGGUAAUUGCAGCGUCAAGGGCAGCUCAAGAGGUGGUCGACGCUCGCAGACUGGCAGUCCGCUGGUCUGGGUAGCCGACUGGUCUGAGCAGGCGGGCGUUGGCCGAUCAGGGGCCGCGGAGCGCUGCGAUCAUCGACUCGAAGCAGCUAGUCAGUGCCGCCAGUCCAGUCAUGUUGCUCCAGGGUCAUUACAGCCAGGUCGUUAUUCUCUCCAUGCUGACUUCUCGCUAUGGAAUCCCCGUGACACCACUACUCUCGCAAAAGGGGUGCCACAUGCAGCCUAA